AUGAGCUCCACACCCUCUCUUGCCGACAACGUUCGGGCGCUGAGGGAGACGGCCUCCUCGAACCCCAAUAUACCACCUCCUGGACCAGACCUGCGAGGCAGCCGGCGCAAAGCAGUUCCCUCACCUCUCCAGCAAUCCACGCAAGACUCGGUUGCGCCAACCAGCGACAGUAAACCUCAGUCCGCAAGCACGCAUCGCACGCCGUACAGCCACGAACACCCACGCAUACCGCAGGAGCGGCAGGACCCCUCGCUUGCUGUUGGGGGGUCGUCUGUGGCUCCGGGAUCUACAGGUCAAGCUGGAAGCUAUACAGCCAAGGCAUCCUCAUACACUCCUGUGCGCAACGUUUCUGCACCUGUCAUUCCUUCAGCAGGUCUUUCUCCUCCGUCUUCCCCUACGGCCAUGAUGCCACCUUCGAAGCCGAGUCGGCCGGAUCCUCGACCCAUCACGACUCGUAAUCCUUCCAUCGACUCUGCCAUGUCGUCCAUCUCUUCAAACUCGCAAUCGUACCGUUCGACACCCUCCCAAUCCUACAAGACCUCCGCAGACGCUACGGCCACGGAGCCGCUAGACGUCAGGACUCUUGUGCUUGCGGCUGGGUCGCCAGAAGCUGCUCUUAAUGCACUCUGGAAGGAGAAGCAGAGCGCAUCUGCGCACCAUGCGCAGCUGUGGAGGCUUGUAGAGAAGCAGCGUACCAUGAUAUUAGGGCUCAACAAGGAUCUGGAACGAGCCUUGAAGGACAAGGAGCGCUAUCGCAAGAAGCUGCACGAGCACAUGGCUCAGGUAACGCCGUUACCUAGAGCUACCCAAAGGCCGGAGCCAGCGGUAGGACGAGAGUCGAGCCAGUCCCCUGCUCUAAGUGAGCUACAGGAUGACAUCUCAAUUCGGAGUUGUAGCGCUCAGGGCACAAGGCCGGAGAUGCCCAAGCAGGCAACAGACCUGCCAGGUCGAGAAAGCCCUGUGGCGCACUUGCCUUGCGAGCCCCACGCGCAGCCGUAUUCGGCAGCGUCGUCCUUACUGGAACAACAAGCCUUUGCAGCCCCCGUAGCUUCUGAAGGUAGUGAACUCGAGGCGGAGCUGCCCAAGGAUUCGGACGGGCAACGGAGCAACUCGCCGAAGCGGUCUCCGCCUUCAACGAAGACAGACGCUCGGGGGCUGCCGGGCGAUUCAAACUUCUCGCUCAAGCCAAAUCUUGGGCUUUCUACAGAGCGUGCCAAUUCCCGGUCCAAACCUGUAAUAUCGGCUCCAUCCGUCGUCACGCAUCUCAAAGCUCCGUCUCUUUCUCUCACCGAAGCUACACCGAUAUCGGGCUCAGGUACGCUCCCGAGCCCAGUAACGAAGUCCGCGCAAGCGUCGAGGAAGCCACCCCCAGCACCUCUGGAUCUGUCUCAACCAGGCACAACCAGUGUACAUCUACAUCAAUCUACUGCGGCUGAACGUUCGGAUUCCGAUUACAACGACAUCUUAGAGCUUGACGAGAUUCCGCUUUUCGAGAGGGGUCGGCGCAAGACGCGAGAUGAGGACGACCAUGCCAGGGAGGUGCUUGCGCAAAAGCAGGAGGAGCACCGGAGCCGCUCUAAGAAGAGGAGCAAGAGUAAGAGUAAAAGCAAGAGCAAAAGCAAACCUCCUAGCGAUUCCGCAGUGCCUGGCGAGCCGAGGGGCGAGAGCGAAACCCGUUCACUUGCCGCACAAUCUCAGCCUCGAGGUCUUCCAAGUUCUCCGCGACUUGCCCAACCGGCGGCAACGAUUGCGACUAUGCUUGGCCCCGCGCAUGCUAAUGGAGCAUCCACUGCUCAAAAGGUUAUCAUAACUCCUCCCUUGCUAAGUCCUGGCCUCCCAAUGAGCCCCCGACCAGCAGAUCGGCCCCUCAACUCGCCCCUUCCCCGGAUGCCAAAGCAGAACCUGGCAUCUCCUCCAUUAUCUCCUCGACCGAUCCACGUCGCGGUGCCGCUUACCCCUCGUGCGCCGAAGCAACCCAUACCGCUACCACCCAACACACCUCUCUCCGCCGCUUCACCACACCUCGCUCGAGCGGAAGCCUAUCAGCAGCAGCAAAUGCAGUCCAGCUCACUAGCUGAAAUGUUAUCGCCUACUCAUAGCCUGCCAAGCGUCAGCAGCAAUGCACCCACUACAACCCCUACAGGAUCUUCGGGAAGUGAGCAGAUCUAUGAAGGCUUGAUCUCGGAACAGUACCCUGGCCUCCUUCUACCGCCCAAUGCGCUGCCAUCAAUCGAUGUCAGAGUGUUCUCAUCACGGCUUCAACCGUCGCGGUCUAGCGUCAUCCCAUCCAAGCAGUCUGAGGAGGAUCCGGUUUUCAUCCUGGCAAUUCAUGCUAGAUCUGACGGCAGACAACUAUGGCGUGUCGAAAAGACUAUAAUGGCGCUACCUCAGCUGGACUACCAGGUACGAUCAUUGAGCGGGUUCGCUGGCAGACUUCCUGACAAAGGUCUGUUCACCGGCCACGCGCCCGCGAAGAUCGACGCAAGAAGGGCAGCGCUUAUGAGCUAUUUCGACCUUAUGCUUGAUACGCCCAUGGGCGAGAAGGCAGCACUAGUCGUUUGUAAAUUCUUUUCGACCGACGUUAUUGGUGCUCAGACGGAUGAAUCUCACACGCCCGAUAGCUCUUCUCUACAAUCAACAAGCACGGUACUCCACAAUACGUCCAAGAAAGAAGGCUACCUCUCGAAGCGUGGCAAGUUCUAUGGAGGCUGGAAAGCCAGGUAUUUCGUUCUGGACGGUGCGGAGCUCAAAUACUACGACAGCGCCGGUGGUCCGCAGAUUGGUGCGAUCAAGUUGAAGGAUGCACAGAUCGAUGACGCUGAUAACGAGGUUCGCCAUGGGUUCAUUGUCUUGGAAGCAAAGAAGAAAGACCCAAAUAGCAGGUUCAAGCACCUUCUCUGCGCCGAGAGCGAUGAAGAAAGAGACGCGUGGAUAUCAGCGCUGCUCGAGCAUACUGAUGACGAUGCACAUCGACAAAGUCCGAAUAGCGAACACCGCACUGACUCCGGAUCAGCACGAAGUCCUGCUUCCCUCCUUGGACCACCUGACACAGCUUCAUUCAGAUCCAAGGAGAGUACCGAAAUAGACCGGACUGGACUCCAGGUUCAAGGCCUGAGGUACGACGACGUCGUUGCGGCUGAAGCGCCCAUCCGUGGCCCCACAGUUCCUCGUCCGAACGGUGUGCCCUCACCUCCCCUUCAUGGAUCGCCUGGGAACGACUCGUCCGCAAACAGCCACCCAACGAUAUCAGGGCCUACCAAUGGUGCAGUCAUCCAGAACGCCGAGCUAUGGGGAAAUAAGGCAUCCUCAAACACUUCCGUCAAGGAUAAGAAGCGUAGCAUUUUCGGCUUCGGAGGACGUGGUCGCUCAUCUUCAGAUAUCGCUCCUGGCAGUAUACAAAUUGCGACUCCUUCCAAGACGCCGUCCAUUGAGAUAAGUCAGCAUCGACAUGUCUUUGGUAUCCCACUUGCAGAAGCGGUGGAGUGCUCGGCCAUACCCGAUGCGGAGCCACGCGUGCCUGCUGUUGUCUAUCGAUCGUUGGAGUACCUCAGGGCUAGGAACGCCAAGGAUGAAGAGGGCAUCUUUAGGAUCAAUGGCUCAACUAAUGUGCUCAAGGGUCUGCAGCAUCGCUUCAACAACGAAGGCGAUGUGAGACUGCUCGAUGAGUCGCCCAUCGACGUCCAUGCAGUGGCAGGACUCCUCAAGCAGUAUGUUCGGGACCUACCCGCCCCUGCUCUGACGCCAAAUCAAGCAAUGCAACUGGAGUUUGCUCGCAUUCACGAACUGCAUACGAAAGCGGAGAAGAUCACCUUCCUCAACCUCUGGGUACAUAAACUGCCUGAGGUCAACUUCGAUCUGCUACAGGCCAUCUUCUCAUACCUCGUCGAGUGCGCGAACAAUCACGAGAUCAAUAAAAUGAAUGUCCGCAACAUCGGCAUAUGCUGGGUGCCUUGCAUCGGCAUCUCCGCUACCGUCAUGCCGUUCUUCCUGAGCGAUUACGCUGAGAUCUUUGGCGAUCCAGUCGAUGAAGCAGCAUCACCAAUCCGCGAGGUCAAAGUUGACGUGUCCUUGGCGCCCGAUUCAAUCCGUUCGCCACGCCGACAGAUGUUCUCUGAUCUACCCACGCCCGCAUACAACCAGACUACUUUCCAGCCCCCUACCACCUUCCCCAUACAGAACACCCACCAUGACUCCCCUUAUGAUACGGGCUUCAUACCAAUACAGCCUACGUACGACACAUCCGUUUACCACCCACAGCAAUCAACAUCCGAUGGCGGCUUCGGCAGCCUAAACGGUGCUGUACAACCGAGCCAGUCGAAGGGAGCCAAGCAGAAGAGACGGGAGAGUGGCAUGCUGCUCAUGAAUUUCGGGCUUGGCCAGAGGAAGAGCUCUAUGCAGCGUAUGACGGAGGAGAAUGGCAUGGUGAAAGAAGAAAGUGCUUUUGAUUAA